AUGUCUUCCCAACCUCUUCUUGAAACUGCCCCAGGCAAGCUCAUCGCACUGCCAACACGUGUUGAGCCCAAAGUCUUUUUCGCAAAUGAGCGAACAUUCCUCUCAUGGCUGAACUUCACCGUCAUCCUCGGUGGCCUGGCUGUCGGACUUCUUAAUUUUGGUGAUCGAAUUGGCCGAAUCUCCGCUGUUCUCUUCACUCUCAUCGCCAUGGCGGCUAUGAUAUAUGCCGUCUUCACAUUCCAUUGGCGUGCUCAAAGUAUCCGUCGCCGCGGUCAAAGCGGUUUCGAUGAUCGAUUUGGUCCUACUGUUCUUGCUGUUGCACUACUAUGUGCUGUCGUGGUCAAUUUCAUUCUGCGAAUUCGCGAUGGACAGUUGUCUUGA